CUGUUGUAAAUGAAUGAACAGUAGACAUGAACCAGAUCUGUUGAUCUAAACACAUGAUAUCCUAUACAUAGUUGACUCUGUAAUUACAUCCCAUUGACUGUGGCUGUCCUCCUGUUCCUAGAUCCAAGCCAGGUCUGUGGAGAACUCUCAGAUGAUCCUGCGGGUGGAUAAUGCCAGACAUGCAGCUGAUGUCUUCAAGAUGAAGUUAGAGACGGAGGCUAACAUGCGUAUGAAGAUAGAAGGGGAUGUGGCUCAUCUGAGAGGAGUCCUGGACAGCUUUACACUCACCAGAGCAGAACUGGAGAUACAGAUUGAGGGGCUGAAGGAGGAGCUGAUCUACCUCAGGAAGAACCACGAGGAGGAGAUGCAUUUGAUGCGGACGCUGCAUUGUGGUGUUGUGAAUGUGGAGAUGGACUGUGCUUCCUCAGUGGACAUGAGCAAGGUGCUGGAGGAGAUGAGGACCCAGUAUGAGGGCAUGAUAAUGAAGAACCAGAGAGAUGCUGCCAAGUGGUUUGAGAGCAAGGUGGAGGUGCUUCAGAACCAGAUCACCACCAGCACCACAGAGGUGAAUACCUCUCAAUCUCAGGUGACCGACCUGAAGAGGACCUUCCAGAGCCUGGAGAUUGAACUACAUGGCCUGCUCACUCAGAAGGGGUACCUGGAGCAGAGCGUCGUUGAUAUAAACGGCCGCCACGGCUCCCAGCUGAGCCAGCUGCAG